AUGGCGCCCAUCACCCACAAUCCGACCGAGCUAGACCACCAGGCCCUGCUCGACCGGCUCGACAUGUUCCGCGUCCAGAAGCCGUUCCGCAACCCCAGCUGGAAGCCACCACAGCGCCGCAACAAGAACGUCAAGCAAAUCAUUGCCGAGGCCCAGCGUAAGGAGGCAUCCGUCAUGGCCACCCAGAACAACAGCGGCAGCUCCACGCCCGCCGCCAUGGCUGUCGCCGGCGCGGGCAGCGCGACCCCCGGCUCCAACAUCGCACAAGCCGCUCAGAACCUAUCAGCCAUGGUGCUGGAGAAGAACGGGAGGGCAGCUGCCGCCGCGAGUGGCAUGGGAGUGGGCCCAGCCGUUACAUACACGAAUAUCGAGGCGCCCCCGAGCUUGCAGGUCAAGCGGAAGUACUGCGACAUCACGGGCUUGCCGGCGGCGUAUACGGAUCCGAAGACGAGGUUGCGAUACCACAACGCGGAGAUUUUUGGCAACAUCAGGUUGAUGGGACAGAGCACGACGGAAGGAUACCUCGCCGCCAGAGGAGCGCACACGGUUCUGAAAUAG